AUGCAGGCCACUGGGGUUGGGAUGAUGAUGACUACUGCUGUUGUGUGGGAAGCACAAGUACUUGGUGGAUAUCGUUCAGCAAGUGAUCAAUGUUGCAGUUAUGCUGCUCUUGAGCUAGAGCUACCCAUUGUUGAUCCUGCUCAGCCCACCGCAUCUCUUGUUGGGCCCAACGCUCUUCUUGAAGGUUACGGAAAAGGAAUGGAGCGAGAUGAGCUACAAGCACUUGCAGUUGGAGCAGGAGGAGGAGUGGUUGGAGGUCUACGAUCUACAGUAACACCCAAGUUGGAUUGGAGACGCCAAUUGGUAGAUGGGAUGUCAUUGGCCAAAGUGGAUAUCUUCUUAUUUCGUCUGUCAAUCCGUAGAUACUCUUUUCCAUCUACGAUCCAAUGA